AUGGCUUCAAAUGCCUUUCUCUUGGCUGCUCUCUUUCUGUCUUGUUUCUUGGGAUUCUCUCAUGGAAAUAUCCAUUUCUCUUCUCUUCCAAGAACUUUGGAGGUCACUGCUUCACCAAAACCUGGACAAGUUCUUAAAGCGGGUGUUGAUAAAAUCAGUGUGACAUGGGUUUUGAACGAGACCGUCAAAGCUGGGUCUGAUUCGAGUUACAAGAACAUCAAGGCGAAGCUUUGCUACGCUCCGGUGAGCCAAGUGGACAGAGCGUGGAGGAAAACAGAGGACGAUCUUAAAAAGGAUAAGACUUGUCAAUUCAGCAUCGUGGAAAAGCAGUACAAUCCAGCGAACAAGACGGUUCAAAGCUUUGAGUGGACGGUGAAGCGUGACAUUCCGACGGGGACUUUCUUCGUUAGAGCCUACGUUUUAAAUUCUGCGGGCGAAGAAGUGGCGUACGGUCAAACCACAGAUGCUAAAAAAGGAACCAACUUGUUUCAAAUUGAAUCGAUUACUGGUCGUCACAUUUCAUUAGAUAUUGCCUCCGCUUGCUUCAGUGCUUUCUCUGUGGUGUCCUUGUUCGGAUUCUUCUUCAUCGACAAGAGGAAGGCCAAGAAGGCUGCGGCAGCAGCGCCCGGGCAGUAA